AUGAAGAGGCUGCAGCUCCAACGAUGGAGCAGCACUGCUCUUUCGCCCCGGGUUCGGACUAACAAUCGACUGCAUCAACAACUCUAUUCUACCGGAUUGCGACUCCAAUCUACUGUGUCUCCGCUUCAAUCCGAGUCUACCAUCUCAGAGAAUGUAGAAGACGCGAGCUUUCAAAACCCGGAUGCGAUGCGCCACAUUCGACCGCAAGACACAAUUGCAAUAUCCCUCUCCCCGGUCGAAGCCGCCACCCAGUCCGCCAAACUCGCUGCCCUCCAUGCUCGACUUUACCUCCCUUCCCGACUACCUCUCCAAACCCUUGCGCGGACAUUAGUUGAUGCCUCAGCUGACUCCAAUGUCGAUUUCAACAACGAAUCGCUGGCUACCCUCGGCCACGACCUCCUUGCCAACUACACAUCCGAGCACCUCAUUUGCACCUACCCACGUCUGCCAUUGAGCGUAACAUUCGCCGCCAUGUAUGCUUAUGUUGGUCCCAAAACCCUUGCCGCGAUUUCCAAGGAAUGGGGUAUCGACAAUGCUACAGUGCCCGGUGGUGAAGUAGACCCCGGUUUCCUGCAGUUCCGAAGAGUCGCUCCCGGAACUGCCGUGGAGGACAUCUCACAACUCCAGUCCGCACGCCCAUAUGCCGAUCAAAAGAAGUGGAGGAUGACUGUAUCCUCGAAAAUCUUCUACGACGACGAGUUUGGUGACGCGAUCAAGGGGUCCGUGGCUUUGGGUCAAGGUGUUACAGACGAGACUGCUAGGGCCACCUUCGUCCGUGCUGUUCUCGGUGCCAUCUACCUGCACGCCGGUCGCCCUGCUGCCAAGCGAUUCUUCGAGCAACACAUUCUCUCCCGACACCUUAACAUCUCCGAACUGUUCAACUUCUCUCAACCCGCCCGUGACCUGGCCCGACUAUGUGCCCGUGAGAACUUCGAGGCGCCCGUUGCCAAGAUCGUCAGCGAGACCGGUCGCAAGAGUAGAUCCCCCGUCUUCGUGGUCGGUAUCUUCUCCGGCCAAGAUAAGCUGGGCGAGGGCUCUGGCUCCAGCCUGAUGGAGGCACGUGAGCGUGCGGCUCUCUCUGCCCUGAAGGGAUGGUACCUGUACACCCCGAUCAACCCGCGUGUCCCCAGCUCCAUGGAGGAGGAGGGAGCUGCGCCAUGGAAGCCCGCCCAUAUUGACUUGGGUGAGGUGAUUGUCUAA